AGAAAGAAAGGUCUGUUGAGCACAAGGGAUAGGUUGAGAGUUGAAGUGUGUAGAAACAGUAUAGCUAGAGUUGCAAAUACUGAAGGUUAAAUCAGCAUCAGUGAAGACCAGCUGAGGUUAAAUGCAGAACUUCAAUUAGACCCAGUCUACGUGGUUUCCUAACUUUGUUUUGCCAUAUUCCCCAUCCCCAAGGAGAGGAAGCAGAAGGAAGGGAAUAUUCCUCAGAUGGAUUUGGCAUGGCAGAAAGCUAAGGAGAAUUGCCCUUAGAGAAGAGGCCUUUGGAAGGUUCUUCUUACGAAGAUAGAGAAGGUAGUGGAAACGAGCCUCCUGAGUUUUUCCAGCCCUAAAUGGCAGCAGAAUCAAGAAAGUUGUCAGCCUCAUCCCCACCAGACCAAGCUCCUGAAGAAGACCUUGUAAUUGUCAAGGUAGAGGAAGAUCAUGGCUGGGACCAGGAAUCUAGUCUGCAUGAAAAUAAUCCUCCUGGCCAGGAGUUAUUCCGUCUGCGCUUCAGGAAGUUAUGCUACCAGGAGACAUUAGGACCCCGAGAAGCUCUGAUCCAACUCCGCGCACUCUGCCAUCAGUGGCUAAGGCCAGAUUUGAACACCAAGGAGCAGAUCUUGGAGUUAUUAGUGCUAGAACAGUUCUUGACCAUCCUGCCUGAGGAGCUUCAGACUCUGGUUAAGGAACAUCAGCUAGAGAACGGAGAGGAGGUGGUGACCCUGCUGGAGGAUUUAGAAAGACAGAUUGAUAUAUUAGGACGGCCAGUCCCAGCCCGUGCACAUGGACAUGGACUCUGGGAGGAGGUCGUACAUUCAGAGUCUACACCAGGGCUUCCAAAUACUCAGCUCCGACCCAUGGCAAUGCAGCACAAAUCUCCGGUGUCCCAAGGGUCACAAGAGAAAGCCAUCUCUACUUGUGAGAGUCCUGCCUCUUCCCAGAAAGGAAGUCCUGGGAACCAGGAGAUGACGGCCACACUUCUCACAGCAGGGCUGCAGACUUUGGAGAAGAUCGAAGACAUGGCUGUGUCCCUAAUUCGAGAGGAGUGGCUUCUUGAUCCAUCACAGAAGGAUCUGCAUAGAGAUGACAGGCCAGAAAAUUACAGAAACAUGUUCUCCCUGGGUGGUGAGACCAGGAGUGAGAACAGGGAAUUAGCUUCGAAACAGGUAAUAUCUACUGGAAUCCAACCACAUGGAGAGACAGCUGCCAAAUGCAACGGGGAUGUUAUCGGGGGUCAUGAGCGUGGAGAAGCCCGAGAUCUUCUGGGCAGAUUAGAGAGGCAGCGGGGAAAUCCCACCCAGGAGAGACGGCAUAAAUGUGACGAAUGUGGGAAGAGCUUUGCCCAGAGCUCAGGCCUUGUUCGCCACUGGAGAAUCCACACUGGGGAGAAACCCUAUCAAUGUAACGUGUGUGGGAAAGCCUUCAGUUAUAGGUCAGCCCUUCUUUCCCAUCAGGAUAUCCACAACAAAGUAAAACGCUAUCACUGUAAGGAGUGUGGUAAAGCCUUCAGUCAAAACACAGGCCUGAUCCUGCACCAGAGAAUUCAUACUGGGGAGAAGCCAUAUCAGUGCAAUCAGUGUGGGAAGGCUUUCAGUCAGAGUGCAGGCCUCAUUCUGCACCAGAGAAUCCACAGUGGGGAGAGACCCUAUGAAUGUAAUGAGUGUGGGAAAGCUUUCAGUCAUAGCUCUCACCUCAUUGGACAUCAGAGAAUCCACACAGGGGAGAAGCCCUAUGAGUGUGAGGAGUGUGGGAAAACCUUCAGGCGGAGCUCACACCUCAUUGGCCAUCAGAGAAGCCACACUGGGGAGAAACCCUACAAAUGCAAUGAGUGUGGGAGGGCCUUCAGUCAGAAGUCAGGCCUUAUUGAACAUCAGAGAAUCCACACUGGAGAAAGACCCUAUAAAUGUAAAGAAUGUGGGAAAGCCUUCAAUGGGAACACUGGCCUCAUACAGCAUCUGAGAAUUCACACAGGGGAGAAGCCCUAUCAAUGUAAUGAGUGUGGGAAAGCCUUUAUUCAGAGGUCAAGUCUCAUUCGGCAUCAGAGAAUCCACAGUGGAGAAAAAUCUGAAUCCACAGGAGUUUAGGGAAAAAACUACAGUCCUAGUGUGGGCAUUAUUCAGAAUUAGAGAAUCCACAUGCUGGUGAGAGGUCUUUCAGUGCAAGUAAAAAGCCAGAAACUUUGUCAUCACUACAACCUUAACGUAGGAUCAGAAUCGAUAGCGGUGGCAGAGUUUGAAUAGCUCUUCAGUAGUUUGGGCCGGUUCCUUGAUGCAGGUGGAUCAGCUUGACUGUCUUAGGAGGUGUCUGAUGGAGUGGAGCUCCUGGUGGCCUAAUGCAUCCUUUAGAAACACAAUAGCAUCUGAGCAAGUGGCUGGUGGUGGAGGCACUUAAUUUUGUCUUUCGGGUGAGUAGCUGUAGGUGUGAGAGAGGCUCCUCCCGGUUCCUCUGCUUCUUCCCAUCUCCUGUGAUCUCCUUCCCCCACUGAUUCCCCGGCAGGCGCACUUGUUAUCCUGAUCUGAUCUGAGAAGCUACUUUAGAGUUUGAAGCAGCCUCCCUGUGAGACUUAUAUUUGUAUUUAGCUUUCUAAGAACCUAGUUCUAGGGAAAUUUUUACAGACACAUAAUGUAUUUAUGCUUAAGUGUGCGUGUUAUUUUAUUCCAACGUUCCUGAUAGUGGAAAACCGUAUUCCCCCGCAAACUCAGAAUGCUAUAUUUUUAACAGCACUCCAGCAUUUUUCUUCAUAUAUCACCUUCACUGACUCCUCUGAGUCACUGAGCAUCCAUACGUGUCCUCCACCACCCCCACCCCCAGCACCUGUGUCAGCAAAAGAAGUGAUGUUUGUGGGAGUGAAGCAGAGAAGGAGGUGAGUGGAGACUCAGUCUGGCUGCUCUCGAGCUUGGGUGGUUGUACCUUUGGGUGACUUCCGGCUCUCUUUUCCACCUUCCCACUGUAUGCGUGGUGCACAGAGGUGUGGACACUGUUCCAGUUAUAGCAUCGCGUGGGCGAAAGGGGAGACAGGUGCUUGAAGACCUAAAAUCCUUACAAAGAACGUGCACUCAUCCCUUCUGGCCCAUUACAGUCCUGCCCUCUCAGGUUCCUGUCAGUCUGCACAAACCCCUGACUGGAUGGUCUGUCACUGCUGUCAUUGCCUUCGUCCCCCUUCCUUAGAUGGCCUUAGCACCUCACCCUUCAUUCUCCAUCUGUCUCUUGCCAUUAGCUUUAUAAAUGCACAGCGGUGAUCUGUCAAAUACCUCACCCCACGGUUCCUCACUGUUCUGAAUUCGUCUGUAAGCUAGCGGAAACACAAUAGUAACUCCUUACCGGGCACUGUCUUUCUCCUUUGAGGCUUUCCAUAUACCAGGGACAUCGUAUAAAGUAACAAGGCUGUUUUAAGCAGCACACCAGAACCUGUGCAUCCGAGCAUGGUCUGCCCCUUAAAUUUGGCGGUCCGGGCUGUUGCUGUAGCACUACCACUCCUCCCAACAUUUGGAAGACUCUAGUCUUGAAUAGUAUCUCGUUUUCGACCAUUACCCACUUGUUCACCAGGCUUGGAGUUGAGUCACUUGGCUUUUUUUCCAAAGUCAGCUUUCAAAACGGGAAUUGAUUCCAUUAACCCUAUGCCGAAGAAUAUGCUACACAUUCUGAAGAAAACGCCAGGCCAAUUUACACAACUUCACACUGACCUGAACAGGGACAGCACUUACUAAUCGUGUUAUUUUAAGAUUGGUGUUUUUAAAAACCAGUCGUAAAAUCUUUCAUUGUAAAGGUCCAACUUUUAUAUCAUAAAUUCCUUCCCUAUAAAAUCCCUUCUGUAUCCCGCUAUGGCCCACCCUGACCACUGACAACAUCAAGGUUGUUAUACCUAUUUCAUUGAGCCAUUGAUACCCACCUGUCAUAGGUCAUGCUUGGUUUCCUUGGUUAACUGUUUCUAUUUUUUUUUUUUUUAAGUUUAUUUAUUUUGAGAGAGAGAGAAUCCCAAGCAGGCUCAGCACUGCCAAUGCAGAGCCCAAUGCAGGACUUGAACUCCUGAACUAUGAUUAUGACCUGAGCUGAAAUCAGAAGUCAGACAGUUAGCCGACUGAGCCACCCAGGCACCCCUCCUUGGUUAACUUUUUCAAAAUGGUGCUUUCCAUUAUCCUUUAUUUUCUUACUCUCUUUUUUUUUUUUGGACUAUAGAUUCCCUUGCACUUGAAGGGAAUUCCGUUCCCCAUUCUCUUGUACUUGAAAUUUCAAGACACCAGGAAUAAAUCUGGACUCCAGAUCCUUGUUCUCUGUGUACCCUCUGUAAGACACGAACUCUGCCUGAGGCCAGUGCUGCCCACAUGCGGGUCUUACAGGAUGGAGUCACUGUCCGAGGGAAGAUACGUGCACACGUGCACAGUCUCCCAGGCGGUUGAGGGGAGCACUUGUCCAGUGAGGGCUCUUAGAGUAACGUGUUGAAAUGACUGUAGGCACACCAGCUAACGUCUCUUUACUACAGUAAUGUGCAGCCAUGCUAUGCAUUAAAUCCAUAAUUACUAAGCAUCUGGCAGAAUUCAGAGGAAAGAUGUGCCCUGAAAGAUCAGUGUUCUGCUGGAAAGAAUAAGGACAGACUGUGACCUGAAGGAACUAUUGAAGCCGGUUCAGCCGCAUCCAGAAAUAGCCACAUGGUGUAAGAAGGUAGAAAAGGCUGUUGUUUAUCUGGGGCACACAUAGAAGUCCAUUCUUGGUCUCUGCUAAUCACUCUGCACCAGAAUGUGGUUGCUCCAUCUUUAUGACGUUAUUUUGAGCUCUUAACUGUGAGUGAUGUGUGCUAAAUUCCUUUAUAUCCUGCAGAUUCUAUUUUUAUGCUCUUGAUCUGAAAUGAACUGUUCACCAAUACCUUCUCCCAUCGUGAUCUUCUCAUUUUAGGACCUGGCAUGAUAAACUGGUUCUUCUGUCACUCUGCUGCCAUCCAACAUAGUCCUAGGAGAGGCGUCUUAGGCUUCAAAGGUUUACUCCAUUGAGCAAGUGGCAGUGCUAGAAUGUGGUGGAUGAUUGCCAUACACGGCAGUUAGCUUUACUCUUGGUUCUGAGACUCGAAAUAGUAAUAGCUGACAUUUAUUAAGUAUGUACUGUGUGCCAAGCUCUAUGCUAAGUGUUUCUCAUGGUUAUGACACACAUUAUAUCUUACAUUUUAUAGAUGAGGAAAUAAGCUUAGAGAAGUGAGUGAGUUGACCAAGGUCAUGUAGCUGGGAAAUGACAGAGCAGGGGCUCUGCCCAACAGUGUCAGAUUCUGGAGGCUGUGCUGCUGACCACUGUGCUGUAUUGUCUCUAAUGAGCACACUGGCCCUGGCCAGCCAUUGGAAAAUCCAGUGUCCCUGGCCAUAAGAUAGGUAGCUACUGGGGAAGGGAAUGCAUAGUGGUACAGCACUGUGUAGUGCAGUUGAUUGAAAAUGUCAUUUUGAUUGAUGAUUGUAUCUUUAAAUGCUGAUACUUUUGAUGCUUUGUAGUAUUAGAAAGCUAAAUUGUACAAGUAAAGCAUGUUUAAAAGACUAACUGGCAGGAUAAAGCAAUAAGGUACAGAUUCGAGUACAUUUCUCUAAACUGCCCCAAGGAAGUAGAAUUGUGGGGGGAAAUGAAAAAUACCCAUGCGCCCAGCCAGGCAUAUGGUCUGUUGGGAUGACAGUAGUUAAGUUUACCUACAGCGUAAAAUGUGGAAAACCUUCCACUUCACUGCCCAUAUGCAGCUGCCAUUCUGUUUUUCUUGUCAUUCAUGAUCUUUCAAACAUGUCAUCCAUUGUUCAACCCCAUUUUCUCAUUAAUAUAUUCUUAAAACUUCUUAUUGGCUUAUGUACUCAGCAUGCCACUGAAGUGUCCUAUGGACAAAUAUCAAUGCCUUUUCUAAGUUCUUGUCCUGUUUUGUUUUGUUUUGUUUUGUUUUUGAGAGAGAGAGAAAGCGAGCAUAUGAGCAGGAGAGGGGCAGAGAGAGAGAAUCCCAAGCAGGCUGUGCACUGUCAGCAGGGAGCCCAAUGUGGGCCUCAAACUCAAGAAACUUGAGAUCAUGACCUGAGCCGAAAGCAAGAGUUGGACGCUUAACUGACUGAGCCACCCCAGGCGCCCCUUGUCCUUGACCUAUAUUUCGCACUGUUGAGUAGGGACCCUGCGUCUCAGGAAUUCUUUUCUUUGGCUUGUGGGAUCUUUUUUGAUCAUUUUCCUCCUAAUUUUUAGCUUUUCUUUAUUGGUCUUUUUUCUCCACUGAAAAUAAUCUCCAUGUCUUGGUUUUAUCCAGUAUUUUUUCUGUAUUUGCUUCUAUUUAUGUUUUGAUUAUUUACACUUACCUUCUGUAUUUCAGUACUUUAAUUAUUUCCCACCCUAUGGGUCAGUUACCUACAUAAUUUGAUAUUUGGGAACAGAACUCCUCACUCUUGUCCCCCAGCCUACAUUUUCCUUUUAAAUAGGCAUUAUUGCUUAGCUUAUUUACCUCGAAUAGACUCCCUGCCCUUCAUAUUUCUUUUUUUAUUUUUAUUUUUUAAAGCAGGCUCCAUGCUCAGGGUAGGGCUCAAACUCGUGACCCUGAGAUCGUGUCCUGAGCUCCUCAGGCGCCCUGCCCUGUCUUGGAGUUGUCCUUUAGUCUUUUUCUGCUCUUCACGGUACGUGUCUCACAUCUUGCUGAGUCCUUCCAGUUCUCCGUUUUCUCCUUGAGGCUGGAUCUUUUACAUUUCUGCCAUCCCCUGCAGCCUUCUGCAGAGCCGUGCCAUAUGAGGCCCCAGCUGUUGUAAUUCUUUCUUUCUAGUGUCCUUGCUUUCAAGACCCCCUUCAGUAACGCUUCUAAGCUGAUCCUCCUCAAAAUUCAGUUUCGGUCAGAAACACUCAGCAGAUGAUUGCCGUCCCAGCAGUGGUGUUCCAGGUUCUCCAUGGUUUGCCCUUCAUGUUUCACCUGCCUCAGCCUAAUUCUCUGGCAUAUUCACCUUGACUCUUCUUGUUCAAACUUCCGUGGCCUUCCACUGCUGUCUUACAAGCCCUUGCCUCCGUGCCUUUCUCAUGCAAUUUCUUUUGUUUGGACUGGGUUUUUUUCUUGGCCCCACUUCUUACGCAUCCAUAUCUUCAAAGCCUAGCUUCUUUAUAUCUUCGAGUGGGCUCUCCCUGACUUCACCUCACACUGAGACCUCCCUUGUUCUGUGCUGCCUCAGCACUUACCCUUUGAGUUUGUACUGUGGUCCAUGCACUUACUAAUAUGUUGCUUUGUAAUUAUUUUCUAGCUCUCUGUAUUGUAGUUUCACAUUUGUAUUUAUUUUCAAAAUUAAAUUGUAAGCUCCUUGAGGGCAGGAAUAAUAACUUUUACAUUUGUAUCUCUGCACCCCCUAGUGCCUAGUACAGUGCUGAGCACACAGUAGGUGUUUAAUAAAUGCUUGUUGAAUCGU